AUGACGAUUUCUUCCGUCGACAGUUCAUUAGACUCCGCCGGAAGCGCGAGAUCUCUGUUGGAACUUGCCCCACUUGAAGCAGUAUUAUUUGACGUUGAUGGCACUUUGUGUGACUCGGAUCCCCUUCAUCAUUACGCUUUCCGUGAGAUGCUCCUAGAGAUUGGCUUUAAUGAUGGAGUCCCUAUAACAGAUGAAUUUUUCAUCAAGACUAUUGCUGGCAAACAUAACGAAGAUAUUGGCCGUGCCCUUUUCCCAAAUGAUCGCGAACGAGCCGUGAAGUUUCUUGAUGAUAAAGAAGCCAUGUUCAGAAGGAUAAUUAAGGAUAAAAUGGAACCUAUAAAAGGUUUAUACAAACUAACAAAAUGGAUUGAGGAUCGAGGGUUGAAGCGUGCUGCCGUGACUAAUGCUCCCAGAGCAAAUGCCGAGCUGAUGAUCUCAUUACUCGGGCUUUCGGAUUUUUUUCAUGCUGUCAUUAUCGGGAGUGAUUGUGAACGUGCAAAACCAUUCCCAGAUCCUUACCUAAAGGCACUUGAGGUGCUCAAUGUGUCCAAGGAGCACACUUGUGUAUUUGAGGAUUCUGUUUCGGGAAUAACAGCCGGGGUUUCAGCCGGGAUGCCGACUGUGGGGUUGACGACUAGGAAUCCAGCUGAGCUUUUAAAGGAAGCAAAACCGGCACUUCUCAUUAGUGAUUAUGAGGAUCCAAAACUUUGGACUGUCCUUGACCAGCUUGAUAACGCUGCGAAAUGA